GGAAAUGGAAGCCAAAUUAGUGCAGUGGCUUACAGUGAACGCUUCUGAUGAAUAAAGUGAGAAGCUGUGGGUAAAAACAUGGAGAAAACAGCGCUCCUCCUGCUGGUUUUGGGGGGUUUGAGGUCGGUCGUGGAGGCUCUGGAUAACGGCCUGGCGCUGAAGCCCACGAUGGGCUGGCUGCACUGGGAACGGUUCAUGUGUAACACCGACUGUGACAAUGACCCUGAUAACUGCAUCAGCGAGCGUCUGUACAUGCAGAUGGCAGAUGUGAUGGUGAAGGAGGGCUGGAAGGAAGCCGGUUACGAGUACGUCUGCAUCGAUGACUGCUGGCCCUCCCACCAGCGUGACGCCGAGGGCCGCCUGCAGGCAGAUCCCCAAAGGUUCCCCGGGGGCAUCAAGAAACUGGCUGACUAUGUCCACUCUAAAGGUUUGAAGCUGGGAAUUUACGCAGAUGUGGGGCAGACUACUUGUGCUAGAUACCCCGGCAGUCUGGGUUACUACGAGACUGAUGCUCAGACUUUUGCUGACUGGGAUGUGGAUCUGCUCAAAUUUGACGGCUGCUUCUUGAAUUGGACUUUGCUGGGCGAAGGCUACAUAAACAUGUCCAAAGCACUGAACAAAACUGGAAAAAGCAUCUUGUACUCCUGUGAGUGGCCUUUGUAUGAGUGGCCUUUCAAUCGGCCAAACUACACUGCCAUCCGAGAGACGUGUAACCACUGGCGCAACUACGUUGAUGUGUCCGACUCGUGGAGUUCGAUCAGGACCAUCUUGGACUGGACUUCUUCUCAUCAGGACAUCAUUGUCCCUGCAGCCGGGCCUGGAGGCUGGAAUGACCCUGAUAUGCUCGUAAUUGGAAACUUCGGCCUGAGUCAUGACCAGCAGGAGUCCCAGAUGGCAUUAUGGGCCAUCAUGGCAGCCCCUCUGCUCAUGUCCAAUGAUCUCCGGGACAUUUGCCCUCGCUCCAAGGCGCUGCUGCAGAACAAACACAUUAUAGCAAUUAACCAGGACCCGCUGGGGACGCAGGGGUACCGCACUGCUAAGUCAAACAAUUUUGAGGUGUGGGAGAAGCCGCUGUCUAACAACAGCCUGGCUGUUGCUGUGAUGAACCUGCAAGACAUCGGCGGGCCACAAAAAUUUCCCGUCGUCGUCAUCCCUGGCUGGAAGAUCUGCGACCCCCGGUGCACCGUCACCCAGAUCCUGCCUCAGUACAAGGAGAUGGGUGUUCAAACGAAGCAGAGCGACAUCGCCCUUUCUGUGAACCCUACAGGAACCACUCUGCUGACCAUCACCCCGAUCAAAGGCAACUUCAGACGGGCUCACAAACUGUUCUGGAAGAACGAGUCAGUGAAACGAGAUCAAACCAACACUUUGUAGCAGUCGGUUUGUGAAAAUUUAAAGGGAUUACG